AUGCUCUCCAGCAAACGCGUGUUGUAUGUUGGCGGUUUAGCCGACAGCGCUUCGGUACAAGUUGUGCGAGCUGCCUUCAUUCCUUUUGGUGCCGUCAAGAGCCUUGAUAUUCCCAUGGACUACGUCUCGGGGAAACACAAGGGAUUUGCUUUCGUCGAGCUCGGGGAUCCCGACGACGUGACUGAAGCCAUUUUUAACAUGGACGGGGCCGAGCUGCUGGGACGGACACUUAAAGUGAGUUUGGCUCAGGCAAAUCAGAUUAGCAAG